AUGUUGAAUUAUGUGGUGGGAAGGGCCGUUCGUUCGCCGUCCGGCUGGUCCGGGGUGUCUUCGGCGAGGGCGCGAGUUGCUGCGGGCGGACGGCCGAUCGGCAGAAAAGCAAGCUCAAGCACGAGCCCCACAACACCACCUGCAGCAGGAGCUGCGCCCUCUGAUGGCGGGGGAGGAUCUCGGGGCCGAGGUGCUUACAAGGCGUUCUUCUUCGCCGGUACCGGAUUCGCAGCGGGAGCGGCGUUCGCACACCUGCGCCCGGACAAGGCGCGCUCCGGCUACGCAACGCUCUGCGACUCCGUCGUGAUGCCUCUGCUGCGAAUGCUGGACGCCGAGGAGGCACACACGAUCGCGGUCAAGGCGGCGUCUCUCGGACUUGCACCCAAGGACUGGACGAUGGAUGACCCAAUCCUGGCGUCCCACGUGAUGGGCCUGCGGUUCCCGAACCCCAUCGGGCUGGCGGCGGGUUUCGACAAGCACGGGGAGGCGGUGGACGGUCUCAUGGACACGGGGUUCGGGUUCGUUGAGGUCGGGAGCGUGACGCCCAACCCGCAGGAGGGAAACCCCAAGCCCAGGAUGUUCAGGCUGGAGGAAGACGAGGGCGUGAUCAACCGCUGCGGCUUCAACAGCGACGGCCUGCGGGUGGUGCAGCAACGCCUAAAGAAGCGUCAGGCCUCCGCCAUGAACGGCCGCGCCGGGUUGCUAGGCGUCAACGUCGGGAAGAACAAGCUAUCAGAGGACUCCUCGGCGGACUUCUGCAAGGGCAUCCGCACGCUGGGGUGCUACGCGGACUACCUGGUGGUGAACGUAUCGUCUCCCAACACCCCGGGGCUGCGGGACCUCCAAGGCGUCAAGGCCAUCAGGGCGGUCAUUCUGGCGGCGAUGGACGCAAGAGAUCAGGUCUGUGAGUCCACCGGCAAUCCGAUGCCCCUGCCGCUGCUGGUCAAGAUAGCCCCUGACCUGACUGAGAGGGAGAAGAGGGACAUCGCCAAUGUCGUCCUUUCCACCAAGGUGGACGGACUGAUCGUCUCGAACACGACGGUGUCACGACCGUCGUACCUCCGGAGCGAGAGCAAGGGGGAAGCCGGGGGGCUCAGCGGCAAGCCCCUGACGAAGAUGUCCACGGAGACCAUCAGGGAUAUGUACCGCCUCACCAAGGGGAAGGUCCCUCUGAUCGGUGUUGGUGGAGUGGGUACGGGCCAGGAGGCCUAUGACAAGAUCCGCGCUGGGGCUUCUCUUGUCCAGGUGUAUUCCCUCCUCGUCUACAAGGGGCCCGGCGCCGUACCGGGCAUCAAGGCGGAGCUGGCCGACCUCCUCAAGACGGACGGGUUUACCUCUGUUGCGGAGGCGGUUGGUUCCGACCACCGACCCCCUAGAAAAGCGUCCCGCAAGUGA